GCCAGAACGCCAAAGGGAGCACUGAGGCUGCCAGCAUGUUUGCAAGGUUGUUUGGACACAGGCCUCUAGCCACACUGUGUAAAACAGGUGCUUUCUGUAGGAGCCAUGGCACCGGAAUGACACUGACGAGGACAACCCCUUUGCCCAAAACGGAGGACUCAGUGAAGAGUAGGCUGGCAUCUCCUAGAACUUUUUCAGGUGGGUAAGAGCAGUUCUAAAGCUGUUUAGAAUUUGUGUGUGUGUGAAAAGUAAUGGAACAAGUGGAAUAUACACAGGGGAGGGCACAGCAGGCAACCGUUCUUGUAAAGGGAUAGUCUGCCCACCAUAAGCCACACAAUGUUAGCCUCAAGUCUCAAUUACUGCAGUGUGUGUGUGCAUGCACGCGAACGUGCCAUCCAACCAUCCUUCCCUUGUCCAGAAACUCCAGCUGGUACAAUAUGCUACAGCUAGGCCGUUGAUGGGAACAGACAAUAGACAUCACACAAUUCCAGUGCUCAAAAGCUUGUGCUGGCUGUUCCCAUGCUUCCAGGCCAGGUUCAGGGUUCUUGCAUUACUUUAUCAGGACCAUAGCAACUUGGGUCCAAGGGACCACCUAAUCCUGUCUAUUCCCUGCCCAGUCACUGGGAUCCUUGGGGGAGUCACUGUGAAUGGUCCCCCAUGGCUUAGAGCACAGCUUUUAUCAAUCAGAAGCCCUGUGUUCAGUAUUACGUGCCCAAAUUAGUACAAGUCCCUCCCAGUUAAGUCCAGGCAGGCUCUCUACCUGUUGAACAACCAGCAUCUACUGAAGAUUUUUUUAUUUUAUUUUUUUGUCAUUCCAGCUAGCAUUUGUUUAACUGAGGUUUGAUUUUAUAGUUUUAACCGGCUUUUAUUUAUUUUUGGUAUUGUACCUUUCCAAACUGCUUGGAGACUAUCAUACCCUCUGAUAUUUCUCUGAAGAAAAUAGGGGCGCCCCAUUCCAUAAUGAUAGUUUUACUGUUUAUACCCCACACAUAUGACUGGGUUGCCCAAGCCACUCUGGGCAGCUUCCAACAUAAAUAAAAACAUAAUACAACAUUUAAAAACAUUCCCUAUACAAGAUUGCCUUCAGAAGGCUUGGGGGUAGGAUAACUCUGUACCCUCCAAUAUUUAUCUAGUGAAAACAGGGACAUCCUAAGAAAAAGUGGGAGAUUCUGGGAUCUAAUCAGAAACUGGGAUGGCGUCUCUAAAUCAUGGAUGUCCCUGGAAAAUAGGGACGCUUGGAGGGUCUGGACUAUUGGAGUUACGUGAUAUGGAAAUAGUUCAAAUAAUAGUUCAAAUAAAUAAAAUAUUAGGAAAACAGUAAGCCGGAGGUAGGGAGGUUUUUUCACCUAAGAGCCAGAUUCCCUAGUGUGCAACCUUUUUUUCAAAAUCUGCUGUUACUGGGUGCCUAAUAAAUGAAAGAAAGAAAUAAGAUGGUGGUUGGUUCAAGGUCACCAAACAAUCUUCAGAGUUGAAGCAGGGAAUUUGAACUGCAUCUAAUUCCACUCCUGAUCUGUCACCCAGCUUGGUCCCCCUUGUUUUAGUUAUUAGAAAACCAAAGCAAAAAAACAACAGCUCACUUCUGAAUAAUGGAAGACUUGAGAGGCAUGCAUAUGAUUUUUCUCUUUCUCUUGUAAAAGUCUCUCUAUUUCCUUGCAGAAGGUAGAUGGGUAGAAAUGAAGAAAGGUGAUUUUAAAUGAAAUUUAAAAUCUUCUUUUAAAUAAUCUAUUUCUUGAAGUGUGUACCCAGUGGGGCUGCAGCAGCAUUGUUAUAACUUCCCGGCUUAGCAAUUUAUUCUGGGUACUUUCUUCCCACAAACUAUAAAUCAUUUAGAGACUCUUUUCAUUGCAUAGCUUGUUCUGGGAGCUGUGUGCUUUAUUGAUUUUAGUGAAGAGAAUCACUAAAGGGAGACGAGACAUUUGCCAUUUCCAUCUGGGCUGUGUGUGUUUUUAAAAAAUUGGGUGGAGGGAAAGGAGGGGGGAACCUCCCCCCACCCUUUUGCCCUUUAACCAAAGUUUAAGGGAAGAAAACAUCAUCUCACCUUGAAAAGUACUUGUGGCUUUUCCAUCACCUGCCUGCUGGAAAGGGGUGAUCCACAAAUCCCAUCCUACAAGGCAAUUAUUUAGAGUGGUCAAUCCUAUCCAUUGAUUCAGUAGGGGGGGGGGGAUCAAGGAUCCUGUUCUGGAUGCAGUUGGAACCAACAACUGCUGAACUUUGGUUAUAUUUUUAAGGUCACAGAGCAUUCAGAAAUGAAAGAAGACCAACCAAGCUCGACAAAAAGGUACUGCUGUGGUUGGGACGGUUUAAAAAAGAAGAAGACAUCCCACACCUCUUGUCGUAAGUAGCCACAGGGGUUCGCUAGUUAUUUAUUACAAUAUCCUUAAAAGGAAAGGGCCCAGGGGUCAAGUGCAGCCAUCAUGGCUUCUUUAUAUGACCCUAGCAUGAUUAUUAAGCUGCUUACUCCCCCCCCCCCCAAAAAACCAUACCAUGCCAAAUUUAGAAUACAUCAGAAUUUUUUUAAAAAAGAAACAUUGUUAACUAAAAGUCCUCAUUCAACAGUAAAAGGACACUGCACACCGUUUUCUCAGGUGCCCCACUGAGAAGCCUGCAAGGAAGUCCUGAGGGCACCUGCAGCAUUCUCCCCACUUGGGAUCCCCAGCUCCUGGGAUUCAGAGGCAUCCUGCCAGAUUUGUGAAACAAGGGGUGGUAGCAAGACCAGCGAAAUGAGAGUUAAGACCCUGUCACAUUUUGUUGCAUCAUUCCACCCAUCUGCUGUCUCAGAAGCAACUUCCUGUCUCCAAGCAGAGAGAACUAAAUCCCGACUCCUUUCUCUCUCGCUUGCUUGCUCUUCAUAAUAAUGCCUGCGCAGCCAUUAAUUCCCUUGUCACCCAAAAUACAUUUAAUGGCAAGUGUGUACUUUCUCUGGAAGAGCUUCACCGGGGCUGUAUGUGAUACAGGAAGUUCAGUGUGUGGGCGUCGAUCAUUGUCUCUGUCCAAAAAUAAACCAAACCAAGUUGGAAGCAUUCGUUUAUCCAUAAGCGCUUCCACUUGCUUUUGAGAGAAAUUUUGCAAAGCAAAUUACUGUAGCACUCAGCUGCUUCCAUGACAAGGAACACAGAGGAUCUCUGCAGCAUUUUUAUCAUGGUUCAUCUGUAUGGUGCUUGAUAGUAACACACAAAUGUUGGAGAGUGGGGAAAAGCCGAAAUAAAUUUGCUGUUGCCUCCUUCCAAAAAAUUAUUCAUAUAUUUAUUUAUAGUAAUAAAUAAUGUAUAUUGCUAUUCAUCAAAAAACCAGCGCUUUACACCAAGAAAACAUGAGAUCAUAUUGCAAAAAGCACAGAAAAAAAAUAAAACCAGAGAUCAAUUAACUAUUGUGGUAGCUCCAAUAUCAUAGAAUCAUAUAUACCUGCAGCUGUGCCAGAAGAGGGGAGGGGGAGGGGAGUGCAGUUUUGGGGGCCUGAUUUCAAAACUUGUUGCCCGAAAGUUGAUACGUGACAACAUGUGAUACUUUGUACUUGGUGGCAUAGUAUCUAGGGUGGUGUUGUGUUGUGUUGUGCUAAUUGAAGAGAGGAUAUACUUUAGAUCACGGGUGGCUCUCACCCUUCACCAGACAUGAUGAGCUCCAGGUCCUACCAUCCCUGACCGUUGGCCAUGUUGGUUGGAGCUGAUGGAGUCCCUAAACAACCAGGAGGUUCCACCUGGAGCCUAGAGUAGUCAAUGACACUACAAUGCCAUUGUUUUCUGGUUUUCCAGAGUUGAAGUCCUCAAGGCUGCACAGAGCCAGCUGAGGAUCCAAAUCUGCUACAUCAUGAUUGCAUUGACUCUGCUAGGAUGCAUGACCAUGAUCAUCUCUGGUAAAAUGGUAAAGGAAUUGACUUCAUUUGUUUCUCAGACCAAGAAAUACAACCCAACGUGCUUUAAACACACACAAAAACACAGAGACGGGGUUCACAUAAGUUUGUGAAGAUUCUCGCUUCUACACAGUGGCAGAGCUUCAUGCUCCGGCACCAGGGGGAGGGGCAGAGAGGAGGCGUGGCGUGGCUGGUGCUCUGCCCAGGGGUAUGGUGCACGGCCUGGGGUCGUGGCACCCAGCGUGGGUGGGGGGCAACCACAAUGGAACCCCACCAGGAUCGUGCUGCCGGGGGUGGUGCGCUCCACCCACCGCCCCCUCUUCCUCCGCCAGUGCUUAUACAAGCCUUGCUGUUUGUGUCUACUUGAGAGGGGCUUCCCUGCGAGGAAUCACACCUGUAUAGGGCUACCGCCAGAGUUGGACAGAUCUGUCCAUUCUGAUUUCUCUUGGAGUAGAGCCAUGCCUAAGAUUCAAAGCACAUUUAAUGUACAUUUAAAGUACGGCACAUGACUUGCCACAAAGAUUCGUGGGAACAGCAGUUUGUUAAGGAUCCUGUGAAUUGUAGCUCUGUGAAGGCUAAACUACAGUUCCCAGGAUUCCUGGAAAGAAGUCAUAGGCUUUCAACAAGCAUUGGACGUGUUUUUCAUAUAUGGUGCGGAUCUGCCCAAGUUUCUCAUGUUUCUAAUUUGAAAUUGAGUUCUCUAUAUUUCUCCCAAAGUCCUCAAGAAAAUUUUCUUUUUCAAACACUGACAAGUGAUGCCUGCACUUGGGGGCUGCUCAAGAAACAGUCAGCUGUGUUGGGCCCUUGUGAUCUUUACCCUGGUUCUCUGCUGUAGGGAAUGUUACCAACCAGAUGUUCUUAUUUUUGAAGGCUGUCAAAAGAGAAGACACGCUGCUGAAGAUAAACGCAGAGAAGAAAGCUAAGUGGAGAGCGGAAGGACAGGUGGAAAAGGAAGCAAUGGCUGGAAAAUCUGAGCAACCAUGAAAGGGAUAAUCCCAAAGGAUGACCAGUGGUCCAUACAGAGAGCGCCAUCAAGCAGAUGCUCCUCUAAGACUUGGGUCUCUACUCUAUACCUGAUAGGAAAACAAUCAUUUCCUUUUUAUUGUAACUGUAGACAGCCUAAUGGAAUCCAGAGGGGAACCAAUCUCAAGACUUCAGUAUUUAAUUCUGCCCAUAGACUGUGACCAUUUAAAAUACUUCCAUCUUUCAGACCUGAGUUGGACAGUGGAGAACGUCUGGACUCAGCUGAGCAUUUCUGAUUAGAGGACAACCAUCACCUGUGACCAAAUCUCUCUCUGUACACCAGCCUUUCUGAACCUGGUGCCAUCCAGAGGCUGCUGGACUGCAGUGCUGGACACAAUUGGCUGGGGCUGGUGGAAGCUGGAAAUCCAAACCAUUGAGGAAGGCUGGCCUUUGCCAAACUGUUAUAUCCCCAACCCAACCCACAAUCAAAAUAGUUAAUAAAAUUCAUUUGUGUGACUAAAA